CGCGCGAUGACCGACCGCGCACCAACGGCCGCGUACUAAUACAAGAACAUCACGUUUCUCUCCGGCGAGAUCGUCGCGACGUGUGCGAGCGCGCGUUUUCAAUCGUUAUUCGGACUCUCCGCAUAUCCGGAUGAUAUUCGAUUGUUUUUUUUUUUUUUUUUUAAUUAAAUCUCAAAGGAUUUUUUACUUAAGACCCGCGAACCGUUCGUUCGAGUCUCAACCCUCCAGCCUGCUGCGGUCCAGCGCCUUUAACCGGAAAGAGUUCCGAGUUGACGAUACAGCACGCGCGUUCGCGUUUCAAAAGGAUACACCAUGGAUUUCCGAUUGACACAGAAGUGUUUUGUGUGUCUAUUGUUGAUAGUCACUACGAAUGCCGUGAUAAACUCUGGCGCAAAUGAUGAGAAGUCGCCUACUAGAAGAGAUGCAAGUCUUGGCGUACCAUCAGAUUCGUAUGGUGCGCCAACUCCUUCGUUUGGUGCGGUCCAGAAUAACUAUGGACCACCACAGCCUUAUAUUUCAUCUGAUUUAAAAGCACCUAACGUUAAUUAUGGUCUUCCGUCGAACUCCUACGGUCCACCAAAACCAAUAUACGGGCUUCCAAAACCUAGUUUUAAACCUUUAAAACCAGGCUAUGGACCACCGCCGCAAGAUUCAUACGGGUUGCCACCAAAACCAGUAUAUGGCGCUCCUCAAGUACCAAACUCCGUGUACGGUCCACCAUCUGGACCACCAAGUCCUUCUUACGGCGUUCCAUCAGUGUCUUAUGCUAAGGGGCCUCCGGGUGUACCAUCUCCACCAACCCCACCUCAUAUAUCUUACCACGGAUGGCAACCAAUUCCGGGUGUAUCAAUCCCGUAUAUUCAGAAAAACAAUGGUUAUGAACAAUCGUCCUUGGGAACUGCGUAUGGUCCACCACAACCUCAAGGAGGAGGUUGUUGCAAUAAUAAUAUUAAUUCUAUAGAUACUUCUUAUGGAGGUUCACCUUCACCAGUUUUACCGGCAUCAAAUUUGGACUAUGGUCCACCUAAAGAUGGAAAUUCUUAUCAUGGAAGCUCUCACGCUCAGUCAUUGACAAGUUUAUAUAAACCACCACCAAUCAUACCAGACACCAGUUAUGGACCUCCAUCACCUUCAAAGCAACCAUCUGAUUCCUAUGGUCAAUCUAAACCAGAAUAUAGUCCAACACCCAACGAUUCAUAUGGACCUCCACCCAGUGGUUCUUAUGGACCACCUCCAAAAGAUUCUUAUGGACCACCUCCAAAAGAUUCUUAUGGACCACCACCUAGUGGUUCAUAUGGUCCGCCACCUAAAGAAUCACAUGGACCACCACCAAGUGGAUCCUAUGGACCACCACCAAGUGGAUCCUAUGGACCACCACCAAGUGGAUCCUAUGGACCACCUCCAAAAGAUUCUUAUGGACCACCUCCAAAAGAUUCUUAUGGACCACCACCUAGUGGUUCAUAUGGUCCACCACCUAAAGAAUCACAUGGACCACCACCGAGUGGAUCAUACGGACCCCCUCCAAAAGAUUCAUAUGGACCACCACCAAAAGAUUCUUAUGGACCACCACCUAGUGGUUCAUAUGGUCCGCCACCUAAAGAAUCACAUGGACCACCACCGAGUGGAUCAUACGGACCCCCUCCAAAAGAUUCAUAUGGACCACCACCAAAAGAUUCUUAUGGACCACCACCUAGUGGUUCAUAUGGCCCGCCACCUAAAGAAUCACGUGGACCACCACCUAGUGGAUCAUAUGGGCCACCUCCAACUGGAUCAUAUGGACCACCUCCAAAAAGUACGUAUGGACCACCACCAAGUGGAUCUUAUGGACCACCACCAAGUGGAUCUUAUGGACCACCACCUAAAGAAUCACAUGGACCACCACCAAGUGGAUCGUAUGGACCACCUCCCAAAGAUUCAUAUGGACCUCCACCAAGUGGAUCUUAUGGACCCCCUCCAAAAAAUUCUUAUGGGCCACCACCCAGUGGAUCAUAUGGACCACCUCCAAGUGGAUCUUAUGGACCUCCUUCUAAACCUUCAUACCACACACCUGAAAAAGGGUCACAUGGACCACCACCAAGUGGAUCAUACGGACCACCUCCAUCUGGAUCAUAUGGACCACCUCCCAAAGGUUCAUUUGGACCUAAACCAAGUGGAUCUUACGGACCACCUCCAAAAGAUUCGUAUGGACCACCUAAAGAAUCAUACGGUCUACCAUCAACUGGGUCAUUUGGCCCACCAAAAGAAUCUUACGGGCUACCAUCAAUUGGAUCAUUUGGUCCACCUAAAGAAUCAUACGGUCAACCAUCAACUGGAUCAUUUGGCCCACCAAAGGAAUCUUAUGGUCUACCAUCAACUGGACAAUCAUUUGGGCCACCUAAGGAGUCUUACGGAUCACCUUCUAAGCCUGUAUAUAAUCCCCCACCACCAAGUGAAUCAUAUGGUGCUCCAUCUAAAGAUUCAUUUGGACUUUCUCCUCUUAAGGACACAUAUGGAAUUCCUUCUUUAGGUUUUAUAGAUAAUUCAUUACAAAUACAAUAUGGCUCACCGUCAGGGUCUUCAUACAAUGGACUUCCUCCAGAAGGAACAUUCGGUACACCCAUAGCUAUCUGUUGUGGUACACCCCCACCAGAUUUAGCGUCACAAAAGCCUGCAGACUCUCAGUAUGGAUUAACCUAUGGACAAGCAUCUGGAAGGCAAAUACCAGGGCCAAAUCUUCAACCAAAAAAUCCAGUAAAAAAUAGGGCACCAGUUCCACCGGGUCUUGUAGAAUCAACACAGUAUAAUAGUUUCCAAGGCGAACCAUACAUACCACCUCCAGUUCCAGAAUUACCAGGUGCUGGAAAUGAUGCAUAUGCUGCUUCAUCAAGUUCUACAGGUUACAGUAGUUCUAACAGUAACCCAGUCGUAGAACAAAGUCCAAUAGUUUCACAAGAUCAACAACAGUAUAACAUCCCAGCUACACAAGAUACACCAAAUAAUGGUUUAUACAAUCAAGGACAAUCUACAUCAUACGCUAUACCGGCUCCCGAAUCUUAUCAGCAAAUAACACAAACAGUUUCAGUGAAUGAACCUAACAGUUAUGUUCAGCCAAAUCAACUUUUAUUAUCAAAUAUUGACAACUAUGGUACUCCACAACAAGCAUUUGAUUUAAAUCAACAAAUUGGAGAAAAUAAAAAUAAUCCACAACCGAGAGACGCAGAGAACAAUUUACAGCAACCAGGAAAUAAUAAUUAUCAACAGCAAUCGGGAAAUAAUAAUUAUCAACAGCAACCAGAUGGAGUGGAUGUUAACGAUAUAGUUAAGUCAUUAGGUUUAGAAGGAUCCUCUGUUGUCGGUUCAAAAUCUGUUGACAUAAAUGGUAUACAAGAGUAUCCUGUACAAGGGUCUACUGGUAACUACAUGCUCCAAAUCCAACCAGGCCAAGGAGGUGGUGAAAACGUAGCUCAUGAUCAAGUACUUUCUAAUGGAUUACUUCAAGAUAUUUUGUCAGCCAUAGAAAACCAACAGAAGUCAGAUAAUUCAUAUGAUAACCAACCACAAGGGUCAGAAGUACGACAAGUCUCAACGGCGGCGACCAACACUAGUACUGAGUGGCCAGAAAAAUCCGCAAUUAAAAAUCAAGAAAUGGCUCUAUUCUAUAGCAUGAGAGACGGGAAAGGACAAUCUACGCAAGGCACGGAAACACUUCCCAACGAAAUAAACCAUUUGAGUGUGAACGAGGUGUCGAAUGGAAACUUCGUUUCAUACAAGUCACCCAAAGUGAAUUAUGUAUACAGCGACUCAUCACCUCAAGCUGUAUCACAGGCAUAUCCACAACAAUCGACUCCCAAGACUGAUGAAAGCUCAACCGAUUCGUUGUCGAGUACAGGAAAAUAAUUAUUGUAGUAUAAUAGACUUAUGUAUGUAUAUACAUACAUACAUAAAUAUAUAAUACGUUAUUAUAUAUAAAUAUUUAUAUAUAUAUAUACUUUAUAGUUUAAAAGUAAUCCUACUAUUAUAUUUGACAGUUCCAACUCCCUAACCUUUGGUUGCAUUCAGAUUGACAACUGUAAUAACUAAUAAUACGUAAGAAAGUGCUCGCAUUCAUACAAACCGUCAUUUAACUGGAAUACUGUAUUGCAAAAAAAAGUAUUGUGCUUGCAUCAGUAUGGACAUUCAUGUACAAAAGCGUUCUAUAAUAAUUGUCUAAAUACUUUAUUAUCUUGACAGGGUAAUCGCUCUAUUAUUAAUUUAUAUUGACGACGUAGUUACCAAGCACAGAUUUAUUCACGACUAGCUUAUCACGAACUCGAAAUAAAAACAUCGUGCCUUAUUUUGUUUUAAAUCGUGAACGACGAAUAUUUUAAUCUAAAAAGUGAGAGUAUACUUGUGAGUGUAAGGUACGACAGAUAUAAAUGCGAAUUGUAACACAAUAAAAAUAGUACAGAAAGCCAUUUUGGAUAUGAAAAUUAUUCACGAGAUUACUUCGUGUUUUGAAUGCAACUGGAUGUGUAUUUUUGAUAAUAAAUUUAAUUAAAUCUUUUGAUUAUCAAAAAAUUGGAGUGUUAAAUUAUUAAUAUAUAUUUAUGUAUAAGAUAUAUUAUACUUUAUUUAAUUGAGUAUAUAUAUUAUAUAUAUUAUAUUUAUAUAUUAUGUAAUAGCGUUUAGCACGAUUGCCACUACCAAGUGCCAUAGACCAUUUUAUUGUUAUCAUUAUUAUCAUAGUAAUAUUCUUAAUGUAAAAUACCAUACAUUUGUUUUUAAAUCAACAGCAAUAUUCUUUGUGUAUUAUUUA